UAAAACGAGCGAACAAGUUUAUAAAAAUUUUCCUUUUCUGUGUUUAUUUCAGGUCGCAGCCAUGGGGCGCCGUCCAGCGCGUUGCUACAGAUACUGCAAAAACAAGCCCUACCCCAAGUCCCGUUUCUGUAGGGGUGUGCCUGACCCCAAGAUCAGGAUCUUUGACUUGGGCAGAAAGAAGGCUAAGGUGGAUGAGUUCCCUCUAUGUGGUCACAUGGUGUCUGAUGAGUAUGAGCAGCUGUCCUCUGAAGCUCUUGAGGCCGCCCGUAUCUGCGCCAACAAAUACAUGGUGAAGACCUGCGGUAAGGAUGGUUUCCACAUCCGCGUGCGCCUGCACCCUUUCCAUGUCAUCCGCAUCAACAAAAUGUUAUCCUGUGCUGGAGCUGAUAGGCUCCAGACUGGAAUGCGUGGUGCGUUUGGAAAGCCACAGGGUACAGUGGCCCGUGUCAACAUUGGGCAGGUGAUCAUGUCCGUGCGCACGAAGGCCCAAAACAAGGAGCACAUCAUCGAGGCUCUGAGGAGAGCCAAGUUCAAGUUCCCUGGUCGUCAGAAGAUCCACAUCUCCAAGAAGUACGGCUUCACCAAGUUCAAUGCUGUAGACUUUGAUGACCUGCUGCAGGAGAAGCGUGUGAUCCCUGAUGGCUGUGGCGUGAAGUAUGUUCCCAGCCACGGACCCCUGAGCCGUUGGAAGGCCGUUCAUGCCAACUAAGCACUUCACACUUAUUAUUGGCUGUGUGAGACAAGGCGCUCAGUUAUAAAUAAAACCAAACGUGUUUUGAUGAAA